AUGGAUAGAACAAAUAAAAAGCAAAUCAUUCACAGUGAAAAUCAGAAGGAUAAUCAAAGCAAAAGUGUAGAUCAAAGGAUUUCCAGAGACUCAGAUUUAGACACAUUGUAUACAUCUCGAUUAGAUUCUAUGAGUCAAGAAGACAUUGAAAAAAAAGUUCAAUGUGUGAAACAUGUAUUGGAGAAAGAUCUGAGAGCAGCUGAUUUAAAAUGGUCCUUAUUUGUAGCAGCUUGUAAUACAUAUCGCUAUGACACUUGUUUGAAGCCCUUUCCAUCAAUGUAUAUAAAAAAUGAAUGCAAGGAUAUUGAAGCCUUGAGGAGAGCUAUAGAAGUAAUUCCUCCAUUGGCUGUGAUAUUGAAAGCAUUAUCAGAGCCAGACGCAUAUGAAAAAUAUGGAACAGCUAUAGACUUGUUGCAUUGGGUUUUAGUACGUUUAAGAGAUCCUUACAUAAAAAGCAUCAAGAAAGAAAGUCAUGACUCAAUAUUGAGAAAAGUACCUUCAGAAAUGUCGAUAGUCGCGCCAAAUUUAAUAUUCCAAGUCACAAACACAAAACAAUCUACUUCAGAAGACAGGUGGAAAACAAUUGCUCAAGGUCACACAACAUUUUAUGCUUAUCAUGGAAGUCGAUUAGAGAAUUUUCAUUCCAUUAUACAUUAUGGUCUACAACAGAGUAUGUGUAAGAAUUCGUUGUUUGGUAAAGGAAUAUAUCUUUCAAGUGAGUUAGGUGUAAGUUUACCAUAUAGUCCAGUUGGCUAUGGAUGGGGAGGUAGUGUAUUAGGAAGUGAAAUGAGCUGUAUAGCUCUAUGUGAACUCAUCAAUCAUGCAGAUGUAAAGACUGGAGAUUCAGAAGAUAAUGCUAGAAAUCUAGUCACAGAUUCUAUAGGUGGAAGAGUUCCAAAUAAGUAUUAUUUGGUAACAAACAGUGAAUUGGUGAGAGUACGAUACCUGCUUAUUUACAGUCAACAAGUUCAAGCAGCAAGCAUAAUCGACUUCCAAUGUUUUAGAUGUACUGAUAAUAAAGGAUUGUUAGCAUGGUUCAAACAACAUAAAUUAUUAACAUUCGUACUUGGUUAUGUGGUACUGUUGGCUUCAGUGGGGCUGACUCAUAACAAACAAGUUGAAAAAUAUUACAAAUUAUUUGCUCAAAAAGUUGGACUGGAAAUAUUGUAAAUCAAGAGAAUGUGAAGAAUCUUAAGUCUUCAGUGACUACGAUAACUGGAAAAACAAAGAGAGCAGCUUUGGGUGAAAUAGGAAAUAAAGUCAAUACAUUAAGAGGUAUAGAGCCUAUUGAUAGAACUAGCUUGCUGACAAAAGAUAAGAAGAAGAUCACAGUUUCGAAACAAGCAAUCAAACCACCGGAGAAAUUGAAUGAGAAACUGCCUGUGCAAAUAGUUAAACCUGUAGUAAAGGUUGCAGCUUCUCAAGAGAAUAAUGAGGUGUCACUACCUUCCAAAAAGGAGAUCCAAUCAUUCUCUUCAAAUUUAUUAGAGAUUGAGGAUAUCGAUGAAGAAGAUAAAGAAAAUCCCAGUCUAGUUUCUAUUUACAGUAACAACAUUUAUGAAUACUUGAGAACUUUGGAAGGUAUGUACCCUAUCUCGAAAGCAUAUUUGAGUGGACAAGAAGUUACAUCAAAAAUGAGGAGCGUACUUAUAGAUUGGCUAGUGGAUGUACACCAACAAUUUCAUUUAAUGCAAGAGACAUUGUACCUGACUGUUGCUAUCAUUGAUAGAUUUCUACAGGCUUUCCGUUCAAUAGAUAGGAAAAGAUUGCAAUUAGUUGGUGUGACUGCUAUGUUUAUUGCUAGCAAAUACGAAGAGAUGUAUUCUCCGGAUAUAAAUGAUUUUGUAUAUAUCACAGAUAAUGCUUACUCAAAGGUAGAGAUAUUGCAAAUGGAAAUGCUUAUUGUGAAAACUUUAGAUUAUUCUUUUGGUAGACCAUUACCUUUACAUUUCCUAAGAAGAUAUAGCAAAGCUGGAAAGGCUCUUCCAAUACAUCAUACAAUGGCUAAAUAUUUUCUGGAACAAAGCUUAGUCCAUUAUGAAAUGUGUCACUAUCCCCCAAGCCUUAUUGCAGCUGCAGCAAUAUAUUUAGCUUUCUUAAUUUAUAGUAAUGAUGACGAGGACGAGCAAAAGGUUGUCUGGACAAAUACCUUGGCACAUUACAGUACCUAUUCCAAGGACGACGUAUUCCCUGUGGUACGGGAAACAGCAAGUAUUAUAAUUAAUGUGGAUAAGAUUAAGUAUCAAGCUGUAAGGAAGAAGUACGCCCAUGUGAAGUAUAUGAAGAUUAGUACUCGCCCCGAACUUAAAUCGGCAUUGUUGAAUACUAUAGCUACUGCAGAUAAGGAGGCAGUAUAAUAUUCAUUCUAAAAGGUAAUUGUACUGAGACGUCUAAUUGUUCAAUAUUUCGUUGGACAAAAAUUGCAGUACACAUAGGAUGAUACAUUUUUAGAGGGAGACCAGACGAAAUAAAGAAGCACGAGACUAUCAUCAUUUGUCGUCUUUUUUUUUUUGUAUUACGAUGUUUCCAUUAAAGAAAAUGUGGUAUAAUUAAACAUUUAUACUAUUGGUUAAAGUGAUAAAUAUUCUAAAUAAUGACUUUCAUUCCGAAAUCUAUCAAAGUAAAUAAUUUGAAAAUAAAUAAAGAUGAGAUGUACCUUUAAUACGUGUAAAAGUUUUGCUACAAACAAAAUUCAAUAAGGUAACAAGUGAUUCCUUAUCUAUAAAAAAAUCACAUGAAAAAAAAACCGGACGGAAUUUCCGUUCAUCGAUCAAAUUGAAAGUUCGUGGACGAUAGUCUCGUUUUAAUUAUAGAUAUUAGCUUCAAAUAUAUAGGUUCUAUUAAAAAUGGGACAUUUUAAUACUGAAUAUUACGGAGUUGUCACACGAAAGAAAGAUAAACUUUAAUAAGUAUUUCCGUUUGAUAUAAUUUAAUUCUUUAGUCCUGAGCAGGGUGGUUUGCAUUUUAUUGAAUAACAUUUGAUCCAUUGAAACCAGAUAUUCAGCAUGGAAAUUACUUAUUAAAGAUUUUUUUAUCUUUACAUGUAAUUACAGAAUUUAGAGUAAUUAUAGGGAAAGUGUUUUAGUAAAGGAAAGAAAAAGAAAGUAGCAUGAAUAUAGUCAAUUAUGUAUAUAUAUAUUUGGAUUACUAUAAGGAAACUAUCGAACAACGUUUGCCAAAGGAUCUCUGUUUAAAUUCAGUAAAAUUUCGGCAAAAUGGGAUAAGGUGCGAAAUAUUAGGAAUUUGUGAUGGAUUUGAUUUGAGGCUCAAGUUAUUUGAAAAAUAAUACUAUAAAAUUUAAUUAAAUUUUAAUUAAAGACAUAACAAUAUAAAAGUCAUUUUAGAUUAUAUCUAAUACAUGUUACAGCAUAUUAAAUCAAAAUUAAAUUGUUUAAUACAUAAUAUUAUUGACACAUUUUAUAGAUUAUAAAUUAGUUGAAAUUAUAAAGUAAAGGCAAAGCAAUUUUUAAACGUUUUCUGAAAUAUUCACUAAACAUUUUGCCGAAUUUUUAUCCAAUUUAAAACAAGAUUUUUAGGUAUUUAAGUUGUAAAUCAUAUCUUUUAUACUGGAAUAUUGAAGAAAUUUUAACUUUUAUUCGUGAUUAUAAAAACAUUUUUAUUUUGAUAUUAGUUCUAUAAAUAGUUUUAAAUGUUAAUAUAUGGAAAUAGCUGAGUAUUACAGACGAUAUUAAUAAUCUAUACUUUGAUAUCAAUAUUUUCACAAAUAUUAUAUCGAUGAACGUAUUUGUUCAUAUCUGCUGUUUCGCCAGACUGCAUUUGGAACGUAAAUAUUGUAUAAAAUUUAUGUAUAAAAAAAAAUUUCAAUAGAAAAUAAACUGUAACAAUGUUUUUUCAAGUUAUCAUAUCAUUUAUAUAAAUUUAAAUAUUACAUUAUAGUAUGUAUGUUUAAGUUUGUAUCGAAAUGUUUAUUUUAUAAAUCGAUGAAUUAUCAUAAGGCUGCGAGUUUUCCUCGCAAAACUUUGUUAUAAAUUAUAAUAAUUAUUGUAACAUAUUUUAUUUCAUAUAUAUACUUAUAGAAAAAUUAUUGAUGGUAACUUAGAAAUUUAUUAAAUAAAUGAAAAAUAAAGAGAAAUAAAUAGUAUUUUUUUGAAAGCAGGAAGAACAUAAUUGUAAGAUAUAAUCCAAAAAUUAUAUUUUACGAAAGCAUUUAUUGUAAUUAAUUAUUAAAAUAUAUUCAUUUUCCAAGGUGAAGAAUUAACUAUUGGUGGACGUACAAUAUAAGAUUCUGAAAAUUCGAAUAAUAAUGAAGAUAAAAGUCUCCUCCUAUUUUAAACAACGACUUACCAACUAAUUUGUAGCAGACAGAGAACCCUUGUGAACCCGUCGUAACAUCUGCAUUUUCCUAAAAUUUUUACGAUUGUGAAAAUUACUAUUCAUUAUAUGACUAUUAAUUAUAUGAUGCAACGAGUACCAUUUCUGUUAAACUUGAAGGUGCAGAUUUAUCCCAGAUUUCAGAUUUGCUCUUUUCUAUCGUUAAAAGCAGUUCUUCCAUACAAUUUUGUAUGUUUUUGGCAUAGUCAUCAUCGUCGAAAUGUACAAGCAUUUGUAUUAAUAUGUGCACAUCAUCUGAAAUGUUAUCAUAUAAACUUUAUACGAUACUUAACGACAAAUUGAUUGUUAUACAUAAAUAUACAAACUCUGUUCUUUGUACGUAUUGCUGAUAAUUUGAUACAAAGUUUGUAUCAAUGCUAGAUCUUCGAACACACUUCCCUCUUUUAAGCUUAAAAGCUUUCUUUCCUGUUUUCUUCGGUUUUUGCUUGAUCUAUAACUUUUUCUAAAGUAACAUAUACAUACACAUGUGUAACUUUUAACAUAGAUUUAUGAAACAAAUUUUAAUGAAUUAAAGUGAUUCUUAAAUGUACUUGAAUCUUAAAAAGUAUUUUACCCAGACGUAAUAGACGAUUUUGAUAUUUGACUCAAAGUUGAACCUACAACACUGCUCGUAUCGCUAAGAAUAUCUGAAAUGCCUCUAUCAUAUAUCGACUCAUUGUCACAAAGGAUCUCAUUGUACGAUUUUGCAUUCCUUUGAGAAAUAUUAUGCCUCACUAUUGCAAGACGUGAUUUAUGUUGUUCAAAAUCCUGUUUAUUUUUUCGUAUUUGAGAUAGCGCGUGAUCCGCGUAUUCAUAUACACUGGGUUCUAUAUGAGAUUCUAAAAUAUAAUAAAUUUAAUUAAUAAUGUUAUCAAUAGAUUAGAAACGGCGUUUAAUAUAUACACUAUUUUUGAAAGAGUAAAUCCUACCUAUCAAUUCUAGAUUGUUGGUAUCAUGUGUGAUUCUUAGAGCAUCUUUCCAUUGUUUACCAUUGCAUAAAAAGAUUAUAGCUUCCCUCGUAUCUCCUAAAUAGUUCAUUAAAAUAUAUGCAGCUUCCUCGUACUUUUUAUCAGUUUCCAGACAUUUUACAAGAUUGUGGUGAAUCACAUCUUUUUCUGCUUCACUAAAAUAUAAUUCAGUAUUUUAUAAAUUUAUGAGUCUGACAAAUUUUUCUUUUAUAUUAUAUCAUAUUAUAUUAUGAUUGUAUUAACCUUAGCUCCAUCUGAGUAGACAGGAUAAUAACGUCUUGCCAGCUAGUAGCUAAUUUAUAAGCAUUUAAAGCUUCUUUUAAAUCACCGCUUCUGCGGAACAUAACUCCGGCCUCGUGAUAGCAUUGUUUUUUUAGUAAAAAUUCACCAUAAAUUUUUGCCACCUCCUUGUACUCUUUACUCUCCUUUUCAAAUAAUUUUAAAGCUUUUGUAUACAGAUUAUGAUUACAUAUCAAGUUUACAGCCUCGUUAAAUCUAUUCGAUUCUUUUGUAAUAUGUUCAAGAGCGGACUCGUAACGUUUCAAAUGUAAAUCUAUAGAAUAUUUCAUAUAAUUCUCAUCAAGAUUUCUGAAGUCAUUUAGAAAUGGGAUAUACUCCUUGGGAUCUUUUUGUGAUUUAGAGGCAAUAAACAUGGUUAGAUCAAAGUCAUACAUUCCUAAAGCUAUAUCAAAUAAAACAUUCACAUCCACUAUGUAUAAUAAAUAUUUUAACGCUUCGUCAGAGAUACACUCUUUGUUUUCCAUACAUUUCUCCUCUAAUUUUUGAAUUUCCUUUAUUUUUGUAAGCGCAGCUUCCAUCCCUUGCUUUCUUUUGUCUUUCACUAAACUAAUUAAUAUUGGCUGGAUUAAAUGAUUAGCGCUAUUUCUUUCUUCCAUAAUGUUUCGUAGUAAACCGCAAAUCGACUCAAUUUUAUUCAGCUGGAGGUUGUUUGAUUCCAAUCGAUGUCUUCGAUAAUAAUUUGCAUAUAUUGUCAGGGUAACAUCCUCAUCUGUUAACUCGGACAGAAAUAAGCUCAACCAACUUACUUUGGAAAUCUGGUCCACGAAUGUAUUCGCAUUCUCGAUGAAUUUCUUUGGAUUAUGGUCGUAGAUCAGAUUCAAGUUUAUCCGUUGUCUUCGCAUUAAGUCGAAGGCGGAUAAAUAAUCGUAAUUGUCUAAGUGAUAUCCGAUAAUAUGUAAAGACAAUGUCCUUGGUUGAAUGCACUCCAGGUUUCCACGAGGCAUUUGCAAAACGGUCUUAGAAUCUUUUGGAAUGGCUGCAAUCAAUUGGGAUCCUCUCUCCAAUCUUCUAAUAUUCGUAUCUGAAAAUUCUCUUAUAUAUUAAAGUGACGCGACAAUUAUAAAUUGAUGACUGAUGUACCUAAGAAUGAUUUAUCAUUGAGUUCAUUCUCCCAUGGCUUCACAGUCAGAUCUUGCUUCAUCAAUUCCUCAAAAUCACUUUCGUUCAAAUGAACGCAUACUAAAGUAUUUUGUGCAGUUGUGAGAAGCAAAAAUUCCGAAUGAACGAAGAAGCUUGUGAUAUUAUUGGCAAUUUGCUUUCCAUUAAUUGCAAAACAAUUUCUAUGAUAUAAUGAUAGUAUCAUGUGUUUCCCACUAAUUUUCACAACUUCCACUUUAUAGGUAUAUUUUUGCAACUCUAUACUGAUCGGAAUUAGUUCUGUAUCUCUUGUAUAUUUUACAAUAGAAUUGUUUACAAUUAUAUAGGCUUCGUCUGA